AUGGAAGGUAGUGGUGAAUGGAAUGAAUCUUUGUUUGGUUGCUUUGACAAUUGUGGAAUUUGCCUCUGUGGUUGGUGCUGUACACCGUGUUUAUUUGGACGAAAUGCUGAGAAAAUUGAUGAUAGUAAUUGUUGUCUUUGGUGUUGCAUUUACAUGUGUCUAACUGAUUGUGCUAUCUGUUGGUAUCCGCAUUAUAUAAAACGAAAACUACUCCGACAAAAAUAUAAUCUACGAGAAGAUCCGCAUUGUAGUGAUUUACUUGCAACAAUUUGCUGUGGUCCAUGCGCACUCUGCCAAGAAGCACGCUUUCUCAAGCGUCAAGAUGAACAACCAAAUGAUUCCAUGCAUUUAGUUCCUAAAACACGUCAACCUGGAAAAAAUUAUUGA